CUUCCGGCUUGCCAUCUCACUAUGCUAACAUUCAAAUGCAGCUUAACAUCUUUUCUAGAGCCUUUUCGACACGAGAAUGUUAUAGUUUCUCGUUUGCAUGCCCAAAACUAGGCAAUCUAUAGGCUACAUUAGUGUACGAAGGCGCGUUUAUACAUCACUAGGCGAAUUUCAAUUAAUAUCAACACACCAGGCAGACAUAAAAGGGAAACCAAAGAUCAUGGAAUUGUUUGCUUUCCGAGGCGUGCUCUCGAUACGUUUCAUCAUCAACACAAGCAUAAAGAGUCGCUUGGAAUGUGAAGGGCCGGAAGAACAGGAUGCUGAUUGUACUGGUGACUGCAUGCUGUCUGCUGCAGUGGCCUCUAGUGGCCACAGGGUGGCAGACCGGUACCAAGCCCCAUGUCUUCUAUGCUGUUGAAAUGGAUGGAGGCACCCAUGUCGCUCAAGCCCUGGCCGAGGAACACGGGCUAGAGUUCAUAUCACGGAUAGGCAACCUGGAGGGCCACUUCACCCUAAGAGACUGCAGGGGGCGCCCUGACAGAGCAGCCCUGGAGAGACAACUGGCAGAGAGUAAAGGGGUGAAACGUGUCCAGAGACAACACCCUCAUAUCCGAGACAAGAGAGCCGCAGUACGAGGAUUGGAUUACAAUACACACCACAAUCACUGGAGAGAGGGGAAUUCUGGGAGGACUUUCACCACUGGGCGGAGAGGAGGGACUUCCUGGCCUCAGAAGGAGCAACAGAACAAGCACACUGUGGAGACUGAAGACCAACAGGGACAGUCCCUGACCUUCAACGACCCUCUCUGGCCCAUGCAGUGGGAACUGUUCAACCGUGGCCAGUACAGCUCCAGUCACUCUGACCUGAACGUGAUGCCAGUGUGGAGCCGGAACAUCACUGGGGAUGGAGUGGUGGUCAGCAUCAUCGAUGACGGUGUCGAUCACACCAACAUGGACCUGAAGAGAAACUUUGAAGCGUUUGCUAGUUUUGACCUGCGUGGCUCCCACGGGCUGUCACAUGACCCCAUGCCACUGAGAGAUGAAGAGAACAGUCAUGGCACAAAGUGUGCAGGUGAAGUCGCAAUGGAGGCCAACAACUCUUACUGCGGCGUGGGCAUCGCCUUCAAUGCCAGGGUUGGUGGUAUUCGUCUACUGGACGGCAAAGUGACCGACUCCAUGGAGGCGACGUCCCUGACGUUCAACAACGACUUCAUCGACGUGUAUGUGUGCUGCUGGGGCCCGCGCGAUGACGGUCAGGAGAUGACUGGGCCGGGGAGACUCACGCAGAAAGCCCUGAUGCUGGGCACACACAAGGGCCGAGGCGGGAAAGGCAGUAUCUUCGUGUGGGCGUCUGGAAACGGCGGGUUGUUGAACGACCACUGUGGAGCAGACGGUUAUGUCAACAGUAUCUUCAGCAUCGCAAUUGGGGCUGUCAGUCACACGGGCGACCCCGCCUUCUUUGGCGAGCCCUGCCCUGCGGUCAUGGCUGUCUCCCUGACUGGUGACACACUACCACUGGUGACUGUAUCCAAUCUAGGGGACGGCUGUGUCAAACAUUUUGCAGGGACAUCCAGUGCUGCGCCCAUUGCGGCUGGGAUUCUUGCCCUAGUCCUUCAGGCCAAUCCUGACUUAACAUGGAGGGAUGUGCAGCAUCUGAUAGCCAUUACAGCCAAGGUCCCGAACCCCAAAGAGCCUGGCUGGAGUGUCAACGGAGCAGGGUACCACGUCCAUGACAGAUACGGGUUUGGGCUCCUUGAUGCAGGACUCAUGGUGCAGCAGGCUAUACACUUCCAGGCUGUCGCUCCACACAGGAAGUGCACAAAGAAACUCAACCUUGACCCAGUCAGGAUCCUUCCAUCGGGGGGAGAGGUCUGUGUGACCAUUCAGUCGGCAGGCUGUGACGGGAUGGACUCUGAGGUCAACACUCUGGAGCAUGUACAGGUGAAGAUGAGUCUCAGCAGUGUGUGUCGCGGUGACCUCUCCAUCACCCUGGUGUCCCCAGCGGGCACAGUGUCUAUGCUCUUGGGAACACGGAGGAAUGAUGCCUCCACGGCCGGUCUAAGGAACUGGACUCUGAUGAGUGUCCAGUCAUGGGGGGAAAACCCUCACGGCGCCUGGACACUUAAGGUGAAGGACAACAAGGGGACGGUGGGUGGCUGUCUGAGGGCCGGCUCAGAGAAGGCAGCGGGGGCCCUGCUCAGCGUGGCUCUACUCCUUUAUGGCACCUACAACCCACACAGGAUCAGACAAGAAAAGCCGCUGCAGAGUUUUGUGUCCAUGGGAGCAUACCACCAUGUGCCUCAGGCAGGCAUGUAUGUCAGGGACAGGUACCCACCUCAGGACCUCAUCCAGUGGGCCUUUGAGCUGGAGAGAGACAGGAAGGUGGGCACUGCUGACAUCCCUGUCCCGCUCCAACGCAAGAGUUCCAAACUGGUUCUCCAUCCGGUGCAGUCCUUCAGUUCUAUGGAUAUGGAUGAUACAGAUGGAGCGGAGCUUCAUGACCACCUGCAGUCCAUGUGGAACACUCUGAGGGAUAAAGUGGAGACCAACUGGUUUCUUUACAAGUCCUUCACUGGCAAUCACUCUCAACAGUUACAAUUGGCAGAUGUGGCCCUGAGGAACUUUCUGGGGGCUGGUCUUGCCAUGGGGGUGAAGCCUCCUGCGCUGAUGCGUAAACUACGUGCCACCAUGUCCUCCCCACGUCAACACUGGACACAACUCCUGCGUGAUGUCAUUGUGGAUGUGAAAGAAAUGCAUCACCUGAAGGAUCUCCUCCAAACCAGCAAAGAGUGGUGGGACAGGCCGGAAUACAUAGCAAACCAUCCGCAGGGGCACAGAAGAGACAACAUCUCUCUGCCGUAGUCCAACAGAACUUGUAAAGAGAACUAUGGGAUCUGUGUGUUUACAUUGACCUCUUAGCAUCUAUUUAAAUGACGGUCAGCCUCUGUGUUAAGAGAGCGAGAGAGACUAUUGUCCUAUAGAACACACAGAAACACAGACACACACAAACACUUUUGUUUUAAAAAAACAAAAUGCUCUAAGCACAAUUCUCCUGUUUUGAAUGUUACUGCCAAAGUUGUAAAGGUUUAUUAAAUAUAGUCUGUUUUUUUCCACUUCAUGGAAGUGCAAAUUCUGUUCAGUGCAACAGGAAACAAAUUACAUUGUCAUUAACCAACUGUGUCAUUCCUCAUUGGGUUGGACAAACAACAAAUUACAUUUCAGCUUCCUAAUUUCUCUCUGUCCUUGACUGAAUCUCAAAUAACCUCAUGAUAAUCCAGAUAAUAGCAAAUUGAGCGCUCUCAACCUUUUAGCAAUUCAUUAAAAACUCACCCUGAUAGAGCAAGAAAUGAUUAGUUGGCUCAUGUCCUCAGUGUUUUCAGGAUCAAAAUAAAUGUAAGCUUAUAAUAUAGGUAUAAUUUUUUUUGAGAUUCAUUUCACAUAAUACAAUAUUUUUUUAAGGAGAGGUCUAAGACAACAUCUACCUUACAGAAAGGUAGACCCAGCCAGAUGGCCUCAAACUCCGAAUCAAAUCAUUUCAAAACCACUUCAACAACGGGGGGAAAUUAUAGCAACUGUUUGUCUUUCGAUAUGUGAAGGUAUAUGUGAUCAUAGGAUAUUUUUCGAUGUUUACAGUGGUACUGCUGUGAGGUACCUGUGCGAUACUGACAUGGCAAUAUUGAUGUUUCAAUUAGAACAGCGUUACACAGCGCAGCAGCACGGUAACACCGCAUCACCAACCAUCUGCUCUGACUCCACGUCUGACGAACGAGGCACGUGGGGCUAAUCGAGCCGCACAUGAGCGAUGGGACCGCGAGAUCUUACACACGCGCGAACACACGCGUA